AUGAAGAAGGCGUYAGUAUUGGGUAUAUUUUUCUUUCUCUAUUUCUGCACAAAGUCGCAAUCUGAGGGUACAAGCGACGUUGGCUUAACUAACAAUUCAACGGGACAGCCUAAUGAUAAUGAGCGUCAUCACAAAGUCUCGCCCAUUCUCACCUUUAGUCUUCUCUUUGUCGGCAUAGUUUCCAUUUUUGCAAACUCGUUSAUAAUCCACGUAAUAAGAGUUCACCCGCACAUGCGCACAUCCACAAACUACCUCAUUCUUAAUAUGGCAUGUGGAGAUCUUGUUGCUAUUGUUGCUACCGUUCCGUCUAUGACUUUCUCGCUGUACACUGGAACAAACKUCGUGUCUUCAAUGGAGACGAAAACCGGACUCUUCACAUGUAAAAUUAAACGCUAUUUGUUUUUUGCGUCACUUUUCUGUUCYAUAUUUAGUCUUGUUGSCAUUACGAUUGACCGAUUCUUGGCAGUAAUCCGUCCAAUAGCUUAYACKCACGGCAAUAGGUGGAACAAGAUGGCGAUACCAGUGGUGUGGUUAGCAUCGUUGAUUMUCCCCUUGCAUCAUGUGAUUAAAACAGUAAACUUACAAGUGCGAAAUGACACCGGACAUAGACUGACUUUUUGUAGUAAGAGUAAAUCGAUGACAGAUGCCAUUUCUUUCAUCUCUCUCGGCUAUGUUGUCCCUCAUAUUAUUAUAAUAGUCCUCUACGUAGCUAUUGCUUUGAAAUUAUUUAAGAGACGUAUUCCUGGAGAAAGAAACUCAACCGGUGAUCAACACAGCGACAAUGGUGCCAAACGGACAGCCAAGAAAGUAUCCCGAAUGAUUGUUUGCAUUAUUCUGKCGUUUGAUGUGUGCUGGGCUCCAUUGUUCUUCGUUUACAUUGAGCCGUAUAUGCUAGAUGAGUUACUUGAGCAAGACAUAGGAUACCGAAUCUUUGCGAAGAUGCUGAUGGUUUUUAAUGGGACAUCCAAUGCUUUGAUAUAUGCUAUCUUCAACGAGAAAUUCAGACGCGCCUUCAAAUCUUCUUUAUCACUGGGUUGUGUUACAAAUUUACUAUAA